AGAUGGUGGGAGAGCGCAAAGUAAGUUUUCGCUCGCUGGCGAGUAGUAGAAGCCGAUCCGUCAGUCGACUACGCGAUUCCGCGGUCUAGUGGUGGUCUUCGUCGUGUCUUAUUAUCCUCCGUUGCCGCUGCAUCUCGCGAACUCACUGCAUCGGUUUCUCUUUCCUCCGCGAUCGUGUAACGCAUACAUCCGGUCGACGGCUACCAAAAUGGCCGCGCGCUAAGGAGGAAGUUAUCCGAGUGUCCUGGGAUCUUCUUCACGGUCGAGGCCCCCGCUCUCCUCGUGAUACACCGUUUUCGCGAGGCGUUUAUUCUCGACGAUGAUGACGGCGCGGGGACGUCUUGGAUAGGAUCUCCCGCGGAAGAAACAGGAACAACGGCUCGAGAGCCGCGGAUUGGCCUCACCGGAGCGAGCACCGAGCGACUGGACGCUCAUGCUGGGCUCGGAAGAAUUCAUCUCAGAAGCGCGAGAAGAAAUAUCGCCGGUGAACGCGGAAGGGCCGUGACAUCGGAAGGAACAUCAUCUCUCUCCCCUUUCCCCUCCUCCUCUUCUUACCGAGUAAACAGAGACUAAUUUCCUCCCCUGAACGAAAUUACGGAAGGAUGUCGCGGAGAACGGAACGGAACUCGGCGCUACUCCCGUCGUGUCUGACGUCGUUGCUGCUGAUGCUGGCGACGACGUCCUGGAAAACCGCGCGGGCUCACGUGGCACUGACGUUUCCGCCGGCCAGACAGUACGAUCUGGACUUUCUGGAUAACGCCAGAACGCCGCCACCGUGCGGCAUGCCGCGUGGCCAUGUCAAGACAUCGUUACUGGCAGGAAGCAAUUUCAACGUCACGUGGCACCUCGCCUAUCCCCACAGGGGAGGCUUUCGACUUCAGAUCUUAGAUUUUUACGAUAGACCUCUGAUCGAUCUGACGCCUAUCACACGAAACAGCGAAUUCGUCGAGGACGAUGCUACAGCGCAGAGUUAUGCCGUGCAGCUGCCACAAGAUUUCAGCUGCACUGACUGCACUAUCAGACUGCUGCGGGAGGCCGAGGAAUGGGGCUCCAGCUACAGAUUUUGGUCGUGCGCCGACAUUGAUAUUCGUGACAAGAAGGACUAUCGGGAAAAUUGUAGCGGUCAUGGACGUUACCUGCUGGGCAGAUGCAGAUGCGAUCGUCUUUAUCACGGCGCGAGGUGCGAAUUCAAGGAGGAAUGCCUGGAUGAUUCGGACUGCGGUAUUCAGGGCACGUGCAUCGACAAUAGUGGUACGACCGCGCCUACCAAGCACUGCUACUGCAACACCGGCUGGUUCGGUCCGGGUUGUGCGAAGAGAUCGCUGGUGAAAAGCAUCGACGUAGACUUGGACUCUUACACAAUGAAGCGAUUCUCCGAUGACGUCAUAUUUUACUGGAGAAUCUUGAAAGAAAGUAAAGAACUCGAAGGCAUUCUUAUGGCCAACUCCACAACGUGGAUCGGUAUCGGAUGGAGACCUGACGAUCUGGGACCAUCCUGCCGAUCCUUCCCAAUGAUCAGGGAUAUACCCGAACCACUUCCGCAGCCGGAACCAAAAUUGGAACCAGUCGCUGAAACAGAGCCAAAAUCGAAACCAGAACCUAUAGCGGAACCCGAACCGGAACCGGAACCAGAACCAGAACCAGAACCAGAACCAGAACCAGAGCCCGGCAUAGAAGGCGAGAAAUCGAUAGCAAAGAGACGAUCGGCUAAGGCGGACGUUGCAACAUUUGUAACUUCACGACCGAAUGCCGACGUUACUGUGCAAACCAGUGUAACUUAUCAAGUCAGCACGAAGCAAGGUCGCAAGAGAAGAUCACCGGAACCAAUCGCGGUAUCUGCGAAUGGAAAACCGGUCGCCAAAUCCAGCGUUGUCGUCGGGCAAGAACCGAAAUUCGAGCCAGAACCUACCUCUGAGCCAGAACCCAGCUCUGAACCAGAACCAAAAUCCGAGCCUGAACCCAGGUCUGAACCAGAACCGAAAUCCGAACCGGAACUUAGCUCUGAACCAGAAUCAAAAUCCGAACCGGAACCUAGCUCUGAAUCAGAACCAAAAUCUGAACCAGAACCGAAAUCCGAACCGGAACCUAUCUCUAAAGCAGAACCAAAAUCUGAGCCAGAACCGAAAUCCAAACCAGAAUCCAGCUCUGAGUUAGAGCCGAAAUCCGAGUCAGAGCCGAAAUCCGAGCCAGAGCCAAAGUCCGAGCCAGAACCAAAAUCCGAGCCAGAGCCAAAAUCCGAGCCAGAGCCAAAAUCCGAACCAGAACCGAAAUCUGAGCCAGAGCCAAAAUCCGAGCCGGAACCGAAUUCUGCACCGGAACCAAUAUCCGAACCAGAACCCAAUUCUGAGCUAGAACCAAAAUCCGAGCCGGAACCUAAAUCUGAACCGGAACCUAAAUCUGAACCAGAACCUAAAUCUGAACUGGAACCCAAUUUGAAGCCGGAACCGAAGUCGGGAGCGACGAAAGCAUCGUUACCAGCACCAGGACACAAGUACACACCCAAGCACGACUUCAACCCGAUGGACUGCACGGAUAUUAUAAUCGGCAUGGCGCGAGAGACGAAUUAUAGGAUCGGCGAUUAUUACACGAGGGAUCGAUCGACGCCCCGCAAGGACGAAUAUUGGGGCGGAAAGGACAGUUUGACGGCCGCAUUCGGUUACGAACGCGACGGCGUCACGACGAUGCUCUUCCGCAGGAAAUUGGCCGCCGCGGAGCCGACCGAUCACGAGAUUCGCGACGGUAAUAUGCAUGUGAUUUGGGCGAAAGGUCAAGAGCCGGGCAAGUACGUGCAUCAACCGGCUAGCGGUAUCGAAAAGGCCAAGGCCAACGUUAAAGACUUCUACAAGGUCGACGAGCUUAAAUAUCACGGCCACGGAAUGCAGAGAGGCGCGGUGACGAUGAAUUUCUUCGACGAAGCUAAAAAACCGGAAUUUGCCGGCGGUGUAACAUUACAAGACGGUCGCUGCGGUGGUCAAUGGCGUUAUCCGAGAAAUUGUUCGCCGGAGAAUGGCACUUGCGAAUAUGCUAUACAAUGGACGUACAAGGGUAAAAAGGAUCUGAUAACAUUCGUAAUUUCCACGACGAAUACCAAUACGUGGACCGGAGUUGGAUUUUCCGAUGACGGCAGCAUGUCACAAACCGAUGCCGUACUUGGCUGGGUCGACAAAACGAACGGUCGGGCUUUCUUGAUGGACACUUGGAUCAGCGGUUACAACGCGCCGUUGCUAGAUCCGUCGCAAGACGUCUACAACAUCAGCGGUCGUAUCGAGAACGGUGUAACUACUCUCGAAUUUUCAAGAAAACGCGUUACGGAAGACAGCAGGGAUCUGUCGUUCACGGACGAUCACUGCCUGUACAUGAUGUUUCCGGUAAAAGGUGGUAUAUUUAAUCCGAUCAAUAAGAAGAUCCGGAAACACGACGCGAAACCGAUUGUUUCGUCGGAUAGAAUAUGCAUCAAGUCCUGUGGUUUAGAAGAAAUUGAAGACCAAACCACGCCCGCGCCACCGAGAUUGCAUUAUGAUAUCGAAGUCAAGCUCGUUAAUCUGGGCGAUGGAUUUAUAACUCCCGUACCCGGCAGUUCCGACUUCGAAGUGAUCUCGAACAAGAUAUCAGAUAGCUUCGGACCAGUCUUUGAGAAACUGCCAGGCUAUUAUCAAGUCCGGCUUGACGAGUUACGAAAAGACAACGAAUCGGGAGUGAUUGCCCGCAUGAAUCUGAUCCUUGACAAGAACGAAGCUAAGGGCAGAUCUUUGAAAGCUGCGGACACCGGGAUAGAGACAGAAAAAGCCUUACGUGAAGCAUUGGUGACUGGCAAAGUCGGUGCGCUCAGCGUCGAUCCACAGUACUUAAUAAUCAGAGCACCUCGAGUGAACGAUAUUGAGGCGGAAGAUGAAAACGAGCGGUCAUCUUCUUCAGAUCUAUUUCUGAGUGCGACAAAGCUCUAUAUCGUCGUCGGUUGUGUAGCAGCUUUGCUAGCCCUUGCAUUACUGCAGGCUAGUUGCACUCUUUACAGAAGCUCAAAAAGAAGAGCAACUAAGGAACGUUUGAUCGCCAGCAAUGCCUGGAAGGACUAUGCUUCCGGCGCAAACACAAACUUUGCAUUCGAGGCAUUCGAAACGGAGGAGAAGGCGCCGCCGCCGCCGGUUUCCAGCCUGCCGAGACCCAGAGAAAUGAUGACUAGUAAUGGUAUGACUGUCAUGAACGGUAACGACACCAUCGAUGGACCAAAUAGAAUGGUCGGACCUAGAGCAACCUACAGCCUGCCUCGCGCGCCCGGUGCCAGACAUUCGGCGCCUAUCCAACCCGGAUACUACACGCAAGAUCGUAGGGAUCAUUACGGGCGUGCCAGGAGCAUGCACAAUCCGGCAGGCGCCCAGGCGAAUCAGCCGGACUUCUACUUUAUGCCCAGUCAGCGAAAAUACAGCGGUGAGGUCGUGCGUGUUUACGUGGAUUAUGGCAGCCAGGUACCCAAGUAAUAGAAGGAUUUAGACCGCGAACCACACGAUAGAAUGAUUUAAUCGAAAAGCGACUUGUAUAUAUAUAUGAGUUAGUGACAAAGGACGCGGAGAAAAAGACUCACAGCCUUCGCGCGGUGCUAUUAUCUCUAUUUUCUUCUUUUCUUUUCCCCGCGACUUUUUUUUCCCGAAAAUCCGUUUGAAUCAGCUUGAUGAAAUGCCGGAGAGGGAAGUCCCCGUGCGGAAGCAUAGAAGUGACGUUUACGACCAAAGAAAAUUAUCCAUAAGGCGCGCACCCUACAAUCCUGUACAGAGCGCAUAAACUCUCGUCAAACUUUUAUGCUUUUGUGGUGGAAAAUGUAUAGUUACGUAAGCCUAUGUAGUCGAGAAUCUGACACUCCAAGGAUCCCUAGAUUCGAAUAUGAAUCUUAGUGGUAAGUAUCUGAAGAUUCAAAAGCAAUCCAACGACCUUAAAAUUUAAUAUCAAGAAAAUAUGGCGCUCUAAGGUUAUAGAGCAUAUACAGAGAUCCAUGGAUCCUAAAUUAAUAAGAUCAAAUUAUUCUGAAACUUAUAAAAUUGAAGACCCAGAAAAUCAUGUACCUAAAUUAAUAUUUCUUUCGAUGGAUACGCGUAUCCAUUGACUACGCGUAACGGUAUCAACAAUAAAUGCAUUUACUUAAAAAGAGCAAGCAUGGACGUUCAAAUAAUAAAAUAUUUGUACAUUUCUAAAUGGAGUUGAUGCGUCCUGUUUCUUUGAAAGAUUAGAGUACUAUUACUUAUCUUCAAAGUAUUAUAUAUGUAUAUAUAUCUACAAAGAACAAGAAUGUCAUAGAAGAAGCGACGAUACACACGAUAUAACAAUGGAAAUAAACGUGCGCAGUACAUUUGCGACAAU